AAGCCCCUAAAUGACCUAAUAAUUUCUGCAAGAAGGAGGUGUGUGUGUGUGUGUGGGUGUGUAGUCAAGAAGGUCGACGCGCCAUCGUUUCGCCCCACGUUGACAGAGCUUUUAUUUUGAAGGUGGGGUUUGGCGUCACAUUAAACACCUUCCGUGUGCUCCCCGAGUGUUGGACAUCACGGAUCCUGCACUAAACUGGAGAGGGAUGUUGCGACGUCCCAAGCCGACUGACUCGGAGGCCGACCUCCUGAGAGAGCAGGAGCAGUUUCUGACCUCUGGUGCCCCGUCUGCUGCCAAUGUGAUCCGCCGCCCUGACAAGAGGAGAGGCGAGGCUGGAGGUGGAGGAGGAGGAGAACACAACGGGGAGAAUGAAGGAAGUCAGAGGGAUGUGGUCACCAUAGAAGAUCCUCCAGACCAGCUCCCUUCUCUGACACCAGCCCCCCCCAAGAAGUCCCGCUUUAAAGCCAGUCGUGUCACCUUCGAGGAUGAGGAUGCCGAGGAGAGCCUGGACAGGCACGACACUCACAUCAGUGCUGUUCUCUCCAGGAUCGUUGAGAGAGAUACCAGCUCCACUCCAAUAUCUCUACCGGCAUUUACAGGCAUGGCUUUCCCCAAAGUAAUACACCGCUCAGAAACCAGCAGUCAGGUGCCUCUGUCUUCAGCGAGAGGGAAGAAAAGCAUCUUUGCUUGUCAGAUUGCAGCUCAGAGACUUAAGGAAGGAAGGACACCGUUGCACUGUGCACCCGAAACUGCUCUAAGACAUGAACCCAGGCGGCAGAACCUCCAUCCUGAGACUAGUAUGGAUACAGAUCAGUGUGAUGCUGCAGAAUCACCUAUAGUCUCUGGCUCCAGGCUGGUGUCUGGUCAGGGGCUCAGGGCCAAAGAUAGCUCAGGAGAGACCAGGAGGAUCCACAGGGAGAACCAGGCCAAACUCCAGGCGAUGUCUCAGUCUGAGAUACUAGAGGAGCAGAAGAAACUCUUGUCUCAGCUCGAUCCAAGGCUGGUGGAGUUUGUUCGAUCUUGCAAAGCCCAGAGUGUCCCAUCCUCUGCCUCCCCAUCCACGCACCCUGAGGGCAAAAGCAGCAAAGACAUUUUUCCUCUUGAAAACGUUAGCAGAGAGCCAGACUCCUCCAGUGCCGCUGUGCUGUUUCAGAAACCCCAAGAAGUGGAGAUGGAAGGAGAGGAGGAGGAGGAACCACCACCACCACCUGCUAUGACGGAGGAUGAUCUGCUGGUGAAGCCACAGAAAGAAUGGGUCCACAUGCACAAGCUGGAGCCAGAGAAGCUGGAGUGGAUGAGAGACCUGCCUGCACCCAGAAGGAAAGGAACCAAGAAGGCCAUGCAGGCUCGGUUUGACUUUGCUGGGAGCUUGAUCCCACCCACUGAGGAUCUUCCCACUCACCUGGGUCUGCACCAUCAUGGAGAGGAGCCAGAGCGGGCAGGUUACUCCCUGCAGGAGCUCUUCCUGCUGUCUCGGAGUCAGGUGAUCCAGCAGAGGAGUCUGGCCCUCAGCACUCUAGCCAACAUCCUCUCAAAGACACACGCUGGAGAAUACCUGUCAGUUCUGAAAGGCAGUGUGAAGUCUAUUAUGCUGGACGCCGGCCUGCUCUUCCUGCUCCGCUUUGCAUUGGAUGACGGCGUGGAGGGAGUGAUGUCUGCAGCUGUGCAUGCACUUAAAGCACUUCUAGUGUGUGCAGAAGAUGAAGAGUGUUUGGACUGCACUUUCUCCUGGUUCCAUGGCCUGGCCUGCUUCCCUCUGCUGCCAUUUGCUCAGGAGGAAGAAGAUGAGGAGGAUGAAACGCUGGACGACAGUAUGAAGGAGACAGCCAAGGAGAAGGAAGAGAGGAAGAGUGAUCAUGAUGUGGCCAGGCGGGAUGUUCUCAAGGGUCUGCUAAAGAUGAAACUGCUCCCCAGGCUACGUUACAUCCUUGAGGUGUUUCGACCAUCUCCUCGAGUGGUCCAGGAUGUCCUUGACAUCCUGACCCGUAUUGCUAGGCACUCCUCCUCAUCUGCCACACAGGUGUUGGACUGUCCUCGCCUGAUGGAGACAGUGGUGUCUGAGUUUCUUCCCACUUCUUGGACAGCACCCUCUCUACCCCCCCCUCAGUCUGUUUAUGGACUCCCACUGGCCAGCGCCAUGAAGCUCUUAAGAGUUCUGGCUACCUCUGGCAGACAUGCCUGUGCCAGACUGUUAAACUCUCUGGGAGUGAGGGAGCGUCUGUCUUGUCUGCUGAGUGCCGAGCCAGGUGAGCUGCUGCUGGAGCCAAGCGAGGCCCUCAGGAUCACCACUGAGGCCUACAGGCUGUGGACUGUAGCAGCCGGCUAUGGACAGGCUUGCAAGUUAUACAUAGACCUGUAUCCAGCCUUAGUGAAGGCGUUGCAGUCUGUUCACCAAGUGCUGGACCCCUCAGAUCCCCUGUUGCCUCUGCAGCUCCAGCGAGUCCUGGCUCUGCUCUCUUCACUCACACAGGUCACGCACACUGCUGGAUGCCAUCAGGAGCUACAGGCUGGCAUGGUCAGCUCUCGGGGAGAAGAGUGUCCCCCUCCUCCUCCAGUGUCUUGGGGUCAUGUCACGGGGUUGCAGGCGUCCUUGUUGGGCCAUUUGAAGGGCUUUGUGAAGAGCCUCGACAAUCCGGUUCAGAAAGACAGCAGCCUCGCUCUGAUACCCGCUUACCUGGUCUACCUAGAAGCUUAUUAUCAUCAGCUCUCCAGACAGAAUUGUUUCAAGCCUGUGGAGACUCUUCAAGAGCUGGAGCAGCUCACAUCUGAGGUUCUCUUGCCCUUGUUUUCUCACCCUGUUGUGCAAGGCCUGAUAAAGAACCUCAGGUCUUCCUCAGUAGUGUGUAAUGUCCAGUCCAGUCAUCAGGGCCCAGAGACCACCCCUAGCCUCCCUGGUUUGGGGUACCCAGGCUGGAGAGAUCGCCCGGGCCUGGUUGUCCCCAGCUCCCCACUCCCUCUUCUUACAGGCCUGGGGCUCCUUCUGCAAACAAUCACAGGCAUCCACAAAGGUCUCAGCUGUAAGUUCACUGGUCUCCUCCUGUCAGAACCUGUGAUUGAUUACCUUCGUAGCUGUAGUCAGGCUGCACCCACCCUGUCUCCCACCCGAGCCUGGCUUCUCCGACAUGAACACCACCUCCUCUACCUGCUGCUCCGGCUGGCACACAGGCUGGUUCCCACUGAGUCAGAAGUAGCAAAACAUGCACCACUGUACCACCAGGUGGCGCUGGUUCUGCUUCCAUGGUUAUUACCAGGCAGUGAGUACCUGGCACAUGAGCUACUCUCCACCAUCAUCUUCAGCAAGGACUUUAUAUCUGAGGGCCACAGCGGAGGACCGGAGGCUGUAGAGCUGGGGGAGCUGAAGCUCCAUGAGGGAAAACGGCACCACACAUCUCCCUCUCUCCAGACUGUCGGCUCUCUCCUGAGAGAAGCCUGCGUCCAGCUGCCAUCUAUCCGGGGCUGCUUCCUCACUCACCUGGCCCAUCUGGAGUCAUCCGUACUGGUGUCCCAGGAUGCUCUCCUCGGCCGCAACCCUUGGAUCAGCUCCCAUCUCCUCCCAGAGCUCACCGGUCCCACCCUGCCGUCUGAUUGGCCUUUCCUCCCACUCGUCAGCCUAUAUGAGCAGACCGGGGUGUCUCAUGGUGGAGGGUUAGCGGUGGAGGAGCUGCCUCAGGGGGCUCUGCAGGUGGUGACCCACUGUCUGCAGUGGCUACUGCUGCUGGAGGUCUGGAGGGAGGAAGCUCUAAAGGUGAUCCCCCCGGUCGCCAAGUUUGCCCGCCUGUCCUGUGUGUUCCUGUGUUCCAGUGACUUGUUCCUGGAGAGACCUGUUCAGAAACUGACCUGGGGUCUGUUCAGACUGCUGACCAGGGGAUCCAGGGUGGACUCCUUGGACUUGAACCUCCCUCCUCCAGGUUUAGCCUCCUUCCAGGACCUGUAUUCAGCCCUUUUGGCUCAGUACGAAGCUGUGUCCUUUGGAGACCGGCUGUUUGGCUGCUGGGUCCUCUUACCUCUGCUGAGGAGGUACAGCGCCACCAUGAGGCUGGCUGUGUUUGGAGAACAUGUGGGGAUGCUGAGGUCACUGGGAGUCACUCUGGAGCAGCUGUCUAUUCCUAUCGAGCAGUUCACCUCUCCCCCUGAAGACUCCCUCCCUCUCCUCCGUCUCUACUUCCGCUCUUUGGUAACCGGGACCCUGAAACUCUGCUGGUGUCCGGUCUUGUAUGUGGUUGCCUUGUCUCACGUCAACUCCUUCAUGUUCUCUCAGGACGCUUCAGUACAGGAGGUUGAAGCAGCACGACACAGUAUGCUGAGGAAAAUCUACUACCUGACUGAUGAGGUGUUGAGGAACCACUUGCUGCUCUUCCGUUUUCCCCAACAGCACUCAGAGUUUGGCUUUGAUGUGUACGAGCAAUUGCCUCCCAUUAGAGCGAAGCGCUUGGAGAGUGUCCUGGGACUGCAGGAAAGCAGUGAUGACAAAGGAGACUGAGUGAAGCAGAGAAUGGAAAAAAUAAAGGUAGUCAGGCAAAAACAGAAGAUACAGACAAGUGACUGUAUAGGAUUGAUAAUUUGGGGCACUAAUGGCCCCUUCCCUUCUUCCAACUUCCCUACUUCUGGUGUCCUUGCUCAACCACACCCCUCUUCAAACUCGGCCUUCCCUUUGAUGUCAGCUACACACUUGUAAAGUUUCGUUACUGCAUCUUGCAAGGUUGUGAUGCUAUUGUGGUGACUAAAUCUGUCGACAGACAGACAGACGAAAACCUGCCAAAGUACUCAGAGCCACCCCUUUGAUAGUUCCCACUACAGUAGGUUUCUCCAGGAUGACAUUUUGCCAUGAUGACACACACACACACACGCACACACACGCACACAAACACACAGACUCACAAACACAGACUCACAAGGGGGAAACAAUAACAGCCCAGCUGUUUUGGCCCGGCUGGUAAUAAUACACGACCAUAACUGGAAAUGAUCUGAAAGUCUGUUUAAUCUGUUUUUGGUUUUCUAAGUUUACACUAACCUGUCUGAACCACAACACAGACAAAGCUAAAGACAAAUGUUAAAAAUGAAGUGCAGAUGCAGUGAGGCAUGAGUCCCAUAAACUUCCCUCUAAUCAAAUGGGAGGAAUUUUAUGUUCUUCCUUGUGACGCCAGCACUUUGCCAGAGUUACUGUGCUGUGUUUAAAAAAAAAAAAAAAA